AUGAAGUCUUUUGCUGAUCAGAAGAGACGAGACGUCUCUUUCGCGAAGGGGAAGAAGGUUCUCCUCUCAACGCAAAAUUUUAAGCUCGCAAAUCCAGGGACUCGCAAGCUUCUGCCCAAGUGGGUAGGACCGUUCGAAGUGAUCGAACCGGUGGGCAAGGUCGCGUAUAAGUUGAAGCUUCCACCAAAUCUCAAGAUGCAUAACGUGUUUCACGUUGAUCUUGUGAAGCCCUACAGAAAUAAUGGCAGAGUGCAGCCGCCUCCACCACCCAUCGAAAUCGAUGACUCAUUAGAGUAUGAGGUCGAAAGAACACUCGAUAACCCCACAGGUAAACGCGGAAAAGGCACCAAGACAGAGUUCCUGGUCAAAUGGUUAGGGUAUGGGCCCGAGCACAAUACCUGGGAACCAGAGAAGAACCUUACUAACUGUAAGGAUAUUCUCGAAGAGUAUUGGGUUUAUGUGGGUAAGUUUCGGAAAGGUGUACCCGAGCCCGCCCAAGCUCAGGCGAAGCCUCUUGAGGCUAAGAAGCCGAAGCAGAAGGUUGUCACCAGAAUCUGUGACUACGAAGUUCGCGCGGCCGCGUCAGCCGUUCCGCCGACCUUCUACGAGCUGCCUACCACCGUUGAUCUGCCACGUGUCAUGAUCAGAGCGCUCACUCAGUAG